GAUAAAAUUUCCUCUUCCUGCGUUUUUAGCCUUUUCUUCUUCUCUCGAUAAUUCUUUUCUUUUGACCAUUCAUACUCUUUUCUAGGGUUCCUUUCUUUUCCUUCGUUACAUUCCUUACCCUCUCUCUCUAUUUCCUAUUUCAAUUCCGCUUCUCCUUCUCCACUUCACGCCUUCUCUCUUUCUUCUUGCUUCACUGUCACUCUCAGUCUCAUUUUGUCCAUGGCCUCCUCCUCUUCUACUGUUCCUUCUCUAUGCGAAAAUCAUAUCAUUUCCGCUUCGUCUUCUGCUGCUGUUGAUGACUCUUUCGAAGACGCUUGCAGUAUCUGUCUCGAGCCUUUCUCCACCGCCAACCCUGCCACUGUUACUAGCUGCAAACAUGAAUAUCACCUUCAGUGUAUCCUGGAAUGGUCCCAAAGAAGCAAAGAGUGUCCAAUAUGUUGGCAGCUAUUUGUCCUGCAGGACCCGGCCAGCCAAGAGCUUCUAGCUGCCGUUGAGAGUGAAAGGUGCCCCAAGUCAAGGAACAUAACUUCCUCUGUGCCCAGUCCUUUUCAUCAGGAAUUUGAUUUUGGACUGGACCCCACUUACACGGAUUAUCCCGAAAUUGAAGAGCGUGUUAUGCAGCAUCUAGCUACUGCACGUUAUUUUCGCAGAAGAGAGUUGCAGAGAGCUGCUGGACUUGAUCAUUCGCAAGUUCUAGUUUUUACUUCUGCUGCAAAUGCUCCUGGAAUGUUGUCAUCAAACACAACUUCACCAGAUUCUAGCUGUUCAUCAUCUGAGGGGGAUACCGCAACUUCUAGCAUACAAUCGGCUGCCAGUAUUCAACAUUCCUCAUUUCUUUCUGGUGCUGCUGUAACCAGAGAUGGCCCUUUUAGACCCAGAGUUAUCUUUAGAAAGCCACAACCUGAUAGUCCAAGGGGAUCAAACCCAACCGAGAUUCUCUCAUUAUCAGAUUCUAUCAAAUCUAAAUGGUCUGCUGCUUCAGCCAGAUAUAAGGAAUCAAUCUCAAAAAGUACUAGAGGUCUUAAGGAGAGGUUGCUUGCUCGCAAUAACUCUGUUAAGGAGUUAAGCAAGGAAGUGCAGCGUGAGAUGAGUGCAGGAAUUGCUGGUGUUGCAAAAAUGAUUGAGCGCCUAGAUCUUGCCUCAAAACGAACUGGAAAUUCUGUUCCUACUUCUGGUUGCACAGUGGGGACAUCUAGUGUCUUAUUUAAAGGAAAGGGUGUGCAAGAGAGUGCUAUUAAUAAGAAAAGUGGGGAAGUUUCACCAGAUAAUGGUUCAGAUGUACCCCCUCCUGUCACUGGUGGUACCAACCCAGGUCAAUUGGAAGUGAUGCAUGCACAGAGACUUUGAUGCUGUGAAGUUUGUAAUUGGCCUUUUAUUUUUAUGUGUUAUUGGAUAAUGCAAGCGACGUACAGUCAAGAUACCAAACGCUCAUUGGUCAGCAUCCUGCAUUGCCACCUUAUGCAAUUGCAAAGUAUAAAUUUAGGUUGGCGGGUGAAAACCAUGUCAUCAGUAUAGCCAAUAGUAGUUGUUUAUAUUGCAGUAGAGGUGAUCGUAGAAAUGUGGAGGAAUUUCUCCUUCCAGUAGAUUUUAUUGGUUUGCACCUUUCUUUAAUCAAGGAACUGAUUGUACUGCUUUUGCCAUGUUAACUGGUGCUAACAUUAUAUGUUGUCAAUUAAUGAUAAUAUUAAGUGUUUCUGUGGCCUA